AUGAGCGCCAACCCCCAGUGGGACAUCAGUCGGGCGCUGGGGGUGGCCAGGCUCUUCCACCUGGUGUGUGCGGUCCGUGAUGGCUGCGUGACUCCAUUCCUGACCCUCUACCUGAGGCAGCUGGGUCUCACGGCGCCCUGGGUGGGCAUCCUAAUGGGAAGCAAGCACCUGGUCACUGCCUUCUGGGCGCCCUUCUGCGCUUUCCUGGCCAAGAGCUACCAGAAGAGGAGAGUGCUUCUCAUUGGCUCACUGCUGGGCUCGGUGGGAGCCAGCCUGCUGAUGGUCCUGAUCCCACCCCAGGACAAAGACCUGGCCUCUCACUCCUGUAAUGGAAGCAACCGCAUGGCCACCACCGGCGUGCCACUGGGGGUCACACGGAUGGUGAACAUCACCCGGGCUCCAGAGUCGGCCUCACCCCACCAAGUAGGACUUCCCAACCGCCUUGUGGGCAAGAGGCCUGGGAUCCUGGCAGCGUCUGGCAUCAGAACAGGACCAGCAGAUAAAGGUGACCCAGAGCCUCACCGUCAUCGGCCCAGCCAUGUAGUGGACACUGUGGAGGGACCCGGGACCACGUCCCAAGCUCCCAGCCUCCUCCACCACCGCUCUUCCUUUGGGGAGGUCAGUACUGCUGGGCCUGUGCCUCCUGAGGGUCCAGAGCUGGGGCAGCCAUCCAACGUGUCCGCGGCGGGCAGGGAGAAAGCCCUGGCCCUGGCCCUUUCCUUGGGAGGGUUACGAUGGACCUUCAUCUUCUCCUUGGGGACCUUGGUCUUCUGGGAGCUGCUUUCAGCCCCCCUGGAGCCGGUGGCAGAUGACAGCCUUUACGAAUACCUGGACUUUGUAGAUGCCACUGACCGCUACCGAAGCUUGUGGGUCUGGAGGUUGCUGGGCACAUCCGCGGGCGUGUGUGGCAUCGCAGCGUUGGUGGGGCAGAUGGAUUGCUACCUGGUGACACGUGGCCCCCGGGGCGUGGUGCACUUCUACGGCUACUCACUGGUCAGCACCCUGGCCCUGCUGGUGAGCACCGCCUUCCCCAUCCCCACCUGCCGGUGGCGAGAGCCCAGCCACAGAACCAUCAAAGCCCUGUCCCUUCUAGGGGCCAGCCCCCGGCUCCUCCUCUUGGCCUUCACCGCCUUCUUGGCAGGAGCUGCCGCCAGUACCGUGCAGAACUUUCUGUUCUGGCACAUGGAAGACCACGGCAGCAGCGAACUGGUCAUGGGUUUCUCGGUCGCCCUCGGCUUGCUGGGGGAGAUGCUGCUCCACCCGUUCAGGAUGGCGCUGCUUGCAAAGCUGACCAGGGUGGGCACGGUGGGCCUGGGGCUGGCCUGCCUCGCGGGGCAAAUGAUCUACUACUCCUUCCUCUGGAGCUGGUGGUCCGUGCUCCCCGUCCAGAUCUUGAGCGCCCUCAGCCAUGGGGCUCUUUGGUGGGCAGUCGAGGCCUGGCUAGAGGACCUGGCCACUCCUGGGACAGAGAGGUCUCUGAGGGCCAUGUUCCAGGGUCACUUGUACAGGGGCGGGUCUAGCCUGGGCAGCAUCGUGGCGGGCUUCGUGGUGAUGCACUCCGGCCUGGCUGUGCUCUACCGGGCCUGUGCCGUGGCCCUGCUCCUCUGGCUGGCCCUCUUCCUCGCCAUCCAGGCCAGGCUGCCCCGAGAGCAGAGAAUCAACUACUCAAAGCUGCUGACCAUGGAGAUGAGCGACUCCAGCGACUCGGAGGAGGGGACCGAGCGAGACUGGCUCGUGAAGGCCAUGAGGGAGGAGCACUCGGGCCGGACCGAUUGAGGGAACGUCACCACCAUGCUGGUGUGAGAAGGAGCCAAGGAUCAGGCAAAAGCCUCAAGUCUGUCGAGGACAGGAUCCGGCCGGCCGUGGAUGGCAGGGACCCUGCAGGGAGCAGGCACGUCUGCUGAGGGCCCCAGAGGACCCCCUGGCGGCAUGAUCUUCUUUACUUCCAAAGUAAAGAGCGGUUUGGGUUUUUGCUGUUCAGUCUUUAAAAAAUAAAAAUAAUAAUAAUAA